UUUGGCAAACUAAUUAUGGAUGGACUUGUGGUGUACACAAUUAGUGCAGUAAUAGGGGCACUUUUUUUCACCCUCAUAGAUCUUUACAAGUGUUACGGCGAUGUGGAUAAAUUUACGUAUUCUACAAUGAUUUUCUUUACAGGAGGAUUUGGCUUGUAUAAAGUUGUAUCUUUUGCAUUGAAACGUAAAUCGUUUCUAGAUUUAAUUCUUUACGCCAAAAGACACUUUUGGGAUAUUGAGUAUGAAGGCUAUGGCGCUGAUGUAAUGAGGAAGUGUAUGUUGCGAUUGACCGGAAUUGUGACAUUUGCCAUUUUCAUGUGUCAUUUGACGGUUGUGCUUCACUAUAUAAUCCCAUUACUAGAGAAUCGAGGGAAAAAUGAGAGUGACAGAAUCUUCCCCUUCCGAUUGUAUUCCGAUUUACCGAUUACUCUGUCGCCCUGGUAUGAGAUCCUCUACCUUGGACAGGUAAUCGCGACGUGGCCAUGCUGUUAUUGUUACUUUUGCUUCGACAAUUUCUUGUGUCAAAUGAACAUCACUGCCGUUGGACAAUUUGUGAUCCUGCAGAAAGAAAUGCGAGAGAUUUGUGACAAUCUUGAUGGUUCUCGUUUAUUGAAUGAGAAAAACAUUCAAUCACGAUUCAUUAGGUGUGUUCGGAGACAUCAACAGUUAAUAGAUUUCGUAGAGGACAUCCGAGAACUUUAUCGGAGUGUGAUGCUUGGAGUAGUUAUUCUUCUCAGCUUUUUGAUUUGCCUGGAGAUGUUUCAGCUCAUGACCUCCACUAGCAGCACGAAACUCUCUACAUUCCAUUAUUGCGUGUAUGUUGGGGGAAGUAUAACGCAAUUAUACUUUUAUACAAUGACAUGUGAUAAUCUGACUGAGGCAAGUCUUGCUAUAUCCAAUGCGGCAUAUGACGUACGGUGGUUUUCAAUAAAAUCGGAGGCUUUGAAAAAUCGAUUGGUAAAGGAUCUAUCGAUGGUUAUCAUGCGGUCGCAAAGAGCCUGCACUUUGACGGUCGGUGGAUUUGCACCGGUCACUUUGCAGACAUUCACAUCGAUUUGCCAUACUGCCUUCUCAUUUUUAGCUCUUAUCAGGCAGACGAUUCAAAAAAAUGAUUCGUAA